UGCAGUACCUCGAUGAAAGACUUCCUCGUCAAGUGUCAUGCUUACUGAUAAAAACGUAACAAAAUUGGUUAUAAGGACAAAUAUAAUCUACGAUAUCAGUUGUUUGAAGUAGAAUAGAGGACUAAUUCAAGUAAGCAGUGAUAUCUAAAGUUGAAAAUAUGAGAGGAAUGAAAUGUCAUAACAUGGUGAUGAAGGUCGCCGUGAUCUUUUUCGGGUUGAUGUCAUGUACCAACGCACAGGAGGUAACUGUCCAGCCAAUAGCUACAAAAGACGAUUGUAUCUGUAGAGUUGAGGACACGGUCUGCUCUUGCACGCUUGUAAUCGAGCAUAAACUGACCAUGAUACUGGAGAAAGAAAAACAAUUGGUGUAUCCUGACAACGGCAUUUUGAGGCUACGAGGCAAAGAAAACAACAAUGCUCCAUUGACACCUGAGCAAGUGUCACGAGUUCUGACGGCCGAUGGACAAACUUCGCGCCUAGUCAUUGCAAUAAAUGGUAGAUUUCCUGGGCCAAGAAUAGAGGUCUGGGAAGGUCAAACGUUAAAUGUUACAAUUAUAAACACACUCCACACAGAUAGCGUGACCGUUCACUUUCAUGGAUUACAUCAGAGAAAUACGCCAUGGAUGGAUGGCGUCGCAUUUGUUACUCAGUGUCCUAUACUGCCUGGACAAACAUUCGUGCAUAGAUUCAAUGCAUAUCCGCCCGGAACAGCUAUGUACCAUGCACAUAUAGGAGACCAGAGAAGCAUGGGGCUUUACGGACCUGUCAUUGUUCGCCCGACAAAAAAUCCGAUCAUUGAAGACAAUGAAAUCAUCAUAUCACUUCAGGACUGGAAUCAUCUUAUGGACCCAGAAACAGCAUACAAUAGAAUGAUAACUGAACAGUUUGAUUUUCAGACAUACGAGAAGAUAAAUACAACCUAUUCUGUAGACGGUGGUCAGUUCAGCCGCUAUGAGUUUCAGUCAGGCCUUGUAAAUGGAAAAGGACGAUUCUGGAUGAAUGAAAGUAUAAAUAACGGCGCACCUCUUGAACGUUUUAAAGUUCGUUCCGGUUCACUUUACCGAGUUAGAAUAAUUGGUGCAAUGACGCUCUACCCGAUGAGGGUUUAUAUAUAUGGUCAUCGGCUAACACUAAGAACAUCGGACGCAUACAAUGUUGACAGGGAAGCUGUACAGUCAAUAAUAGUACACCCAGGAGAAAGAUACGACUUCUACUGGCAAGCUCCAGCAGCGAGUGAAGUCACUUCUAAAGAGUUAUUAUUAAUUGCUGAAACAAUAGAAACACCAGAGAGUCUUGGAUUCUCCAAGUACCAUGCAGCCGAAGCGGUUCUAGAGUUCGAAGAUUUCACAGGUCCAACUCCUUCUCCUAAUCCCCCAAAUAGCAGACGGGAAACGUGCACUCCUUCAUCGAAAUGCCCUACAUUCAACUGUCCUUACGAAUAUUACCCACCUGAUGAAAACAGAGAAUGUAUAACAUUUAAUGAAGUCAACAACACUGAUCCAAAUCAAGAUUACAAAGUUGUUCUAGGUUAUCGUGUAGAUGAGGAGUACUUUUUCAACUUUGCCUUUCCAGGACCUCAAGGAAAUACACCAGGUUCGGUAAAUGGACGAGAGUUCGUCCCACCAACAGUCUCACUUCUCACACAAGAAAAUGAGUUGAACACACAAUGUAAUGACGACUGUGAGAGAGAUGGAAUAUGUAAAUGCACGUAUAUUCAGAAAUUGAAAUCCAAUAAACUGGUUCAAUUUGUUUUACUUAACUUAGGAAGUGGUUCGGGAUGGUCACAUCCCGUCCACUUGCAUGGACAUUCAUUUUAUGUCAUGAAAAUGGGUUUCGGCACGUACAACCAAACUACAGGAAAUCUCACCGCUAAUUCUAAUGACAUUAGCUGCACAGACAAAUUUGGCUACUGCAGUUCUGCAUCUUGGACGAAUGGCAGCUGGGCAGGCGGCAAUGUCCCGGGUUUAAAUCGCCAACCACCACAGAAAGACACUAUUAUCGUUCCAACAGGAGGAUACGUAGUGAUCCGAUUCCGGUCGGAUAACCCCGGAAUGUGGUUUUUGCAUUGUCAUAUUGACCUGCACAACACGAAUGGUAUGGGAAUGGUUAUUGACGAAGGAGAAACAAAACCACGCCCUCCUCAAGGAUUCCCCACUUGCAGAAACUUUUUAUACAAUGGCAAAAAACCUGUAAGUGAUGCCAAGAUGAACAGCAGAAUGUCCCACCUGACGCUUUUUGCACUUAUCUUGGUGGUCAAGAUAUUCAAAUAAGUGUGUAGCAAUAAGAUGUAAUCCCCGAGGUAUAAGGCUGAAUGAAUCCAGACCCGCCAAGUUGAUAAAAACAGCACGCAUAAAUAUUGUAUAUAUUACGUUGAUAAUAUUACUAUUAUGUGAGCUAAUUGUAUAUCCAUAUCUUUUUUUUAAAACGUACCUAACUGUC